UCCUGCGCAUUUCGUAUCGUCUCUUGCUAACUGUUUUUCUGUUUUUAUUGGUAGUUGUUGGUGAUUGUUGUAGUCUAGUCGGCUGGUAGAAUAGACGUUGUAGUGUUCUAUUAUAAAUUAUUUAAAGAUGUGCCAAUUUAGUUAUAAUGAAUGAAAAGUGGCCAGAUAAUUGUGAGAAGUGUAGCAAUUGGUUGCCAGUGUGGUGCAGUGAAUGACCCCCUGACGAACAGGGUGCAGGUAGAGCUUUACAAAACGAGGUUUUAUACAUUGCUGUUAACUGCGUCAUCGUCAUUCCUAUGUUGCAUCCACCAACACAAAACAAUAAUAUCUUCAAUAGGAGCUGUGACCAAAGCCCAUCAAUGAAAAAAUAUUAAUUAGAAGAUAUUUUGAACAUCUGGCCCGUUGUUAUUACUUAUAUUAAAAUCGAAUGAUUAUUAUCGAAUGUAUAUAGAUAUAAUGUAAACAAAUGGUGAGUCAGUCAGUAGUCGCUCCUUGAAUGAAAUGGUAACAGAACGAAUGUCGAAUAGAUAACGGUUGAUAUCACACAUUUUAAUAUCUUCUACACAGUCGUUGUGAAUUAUUCGUUAGAAAUGGAUUUAGGAAAGUCGAGGAGAAGGAACAAGAACAUCAACAGGCCCGAAGAGAUGAGCAGCAACCCGGUUACAGUUAGAUUUGUGAAUGUGCUAGUGGUUUGUGCCGUGCUACUUUUCGCCAUCGAACUUAGCGAUGGAAGUUUCACUUCCAGAAUCAAUAAGAUCAGUGUUCAUCUCAACAAAGCACUUGAUGAGGCGCUUUUUCUUGGAAACGUUUCCUACACCGACCUGAAAGUUCAUUCGAAGUUUUAUAGUAAAACUGAGUUCAAACCCAGGGGAAUGGCUGAUCUGUACCACGUCACCCAGACCUUCAUUGGAUGGGUUGUUAACAAGGAUAUUUACCCUGAAGGUUUCAUAAGUGUUAAAAAUGGCGAAUUGGUGAUGGCUUCACCGGUUGAGCAAUGGCAAAACCUUCUGAUGCAUUAUGCCGGUGUCCUGAUUGUGGUGAUAAUCCUUUCGCUCUUGGCUGUUUUCAUGCCAUUAUGUGGCUUCUUUUUCUGCUGUUGUCGAUGCUGUGGAAAUUGUGGAGCGCGAUCAAAACCUUUCGACAAAAAGGGCGAUCUGUGUAAAAAAGUGGUCUACGCACUCCUCUUAAUAGUCGUUGGAACUUUAUUGAUUUUUGGGGUUGUCUGUGCUUUCGUGAGCAAUCAGUAUAUGCAAGAUGGGACCAACGAAUUGACUAGUAAUAUUAGAACUGGUGUCAACGAUACAGACACCUACAUUAAAGCUACAAAUAAUCAAAUCAACACUUUGCUUAAUAUUAACUACAGAGAAUUCAAAUCUGUCCUCUUUGAUACACUGGAUCGUUGUAGUGAUAUUGUAUUGGAACAAUUGAGCGAAUAUUCGAAUGCGACGGCGCUUACUGAGGUUGUGAAUAUAGUAAAUGGUUUGGACAAUAUCAAAGCAAAACUUACUUUUAUGAAAACGGUCACGAGAGAAUUGCAGGUCAACGCAUCUCAACUAAAUGAUGGUUUAAGGGCCGUUAAAAGGGACCUUUUGCAAACAUUGAUGAAUUGCACUCAAACGAUUCAUCAGUGUAAUCAAUUGUCUAACAACGUCAGCCGACUUAGCACCGAAAUCGACUUUAAUAGUUUGCCCGAUAUAUCAAGUCAAUUGGAAGAAUUGAAUAGGGUGCUCGAUGCCAACAUAACAUCAACGGUCAUUAAAGGACAACAAGCGUUCGAAAGCAUCAGAGUCGAAAUUAACAACACCAUAAGUUCCCAUUUGCCUCAAGUUAAAGCAUCCAUUGAAGACGCUGGUGCUGCAAUUUCAAGAGGUGCUUCAAACAUCACAAAAACUCUACAAGACAUUUCUAAUGAACUGCACGAAAAUACCGUUCAACCACUGAACCGUUUAGAAUGGUAUCUAAAGGAGUUCACACCCUUUAGAUACUACAUAGGUCUUGGUGCUAGUGCCAUUCUCCUGUUGGUCACUCUCUUCGUCGCUCUUGGUCUUAUCUGCGGCAUUUGCGGCAAGCGGCCGGAUGCCUACAGCGACGAUUGUUGUAACAAGGGUGCAGGCAGCAGAUUUUUGAUGACGUAAGUUGGGAAUAAUUUAGAAUAAGUGUUUCCGGUAUUAACGCUCAG